AUGGGGGGUAGCCAAUCCACUGUACCAAGGGUGACGUUCCAUCUGCCGUUCGACAUAACGAUCGAAAUCCUAUCGAGAUUGCCAGUGAAAUCCCUCUUGCGAUUCAAAUCCGUUUGCAAAACCUGGUACGCUCUCAUCGAAACCCCUGAUUUUUUUUCCAAACAGUUUAUCUCGGUAUGGAUUUCCCUUGAUUCUAUGCAAUCCCUGUUUCGAGAAAUUCCGGGGGCCGAAUGGCAAUGGGCACAGAGUCCGGGAUACAAUGAGGAGUUAGAAGUUAAGCAAAUCAUUUUUGGGUUUGGCUUCCAUCCCAGUGCUAAUGACUACAAGUUGAUUAGGAUUGUGUAUUAUGCUAGUCCUAUUAGGGGACACAGCAUCCGAGCUCAUCUGUAUGUGAUGAGCACCGAUACGUGGACAAAAAUUGAUCCUAAUAAGCUUUCAUUGUUCGUGGGGAGGUGA